UAUUCAUACCUAACCUUUAAUCGCUUCCGCAGCCGUCUUGACUCUUGAGCUGACGAACUGGUCGAAGUUUGGCAACAAAAGCUCAGGGUUGUGAACCGACACCGACUCUCCCAAGCUAUCUCCACUUCGCCCUGCCACAACCGCCAGCUCUCACUCCACACUCGCCUCCUCCUCCUCCGCCUCCGCCUCCGCCUCCGCCUCCGUCUCCAUCCUCACUCUUAACUUUUUUCAAACAGGUUUUCAUCAAUGGCGGAGGAAAAAUUGAAUACAGAAGUCCCAAUUGAAGAAAAUGGGACCCCGGAGCCCGUGAAUGGCCAUGAAGAGGCAUCUGAAUCUUCUUCGACAUUGGAAAAAGAUGAAGAUGAUGGGAAAAAAGAUGAAGACGACGUGAAAGAAGUUUCAAAGAAAAAGAAGAAGAAAAAUAAAAGCAAGAAAAAGAAAGAAGUGCCAGAGCAAACUGAUCCACCUUCUAUUCCUGUUAGUGAUCUUUUCCCUUCUGGCGAGUUUCCUGAGGGUGAGAUUCAGCAGUACAAAGACGAUAACCUAUGGAGGACCACAUCUGAAGAGAAGAGGGAAUUGGAGCGCCUUGAAAAACCAUUAUACAAUUCAGUUCGCCGAGCUGCUGAAGUUCAUCGUCAGGUUCGGAAAUACCUCAAAGGUAUUUUGAAGCCUGGAAUGUUGAUGACUGACCUUUGUGAGACAUUGGAGAAUACAGUGCGUAAGCUGAUAUCCGAGAAUGGUCUGCAAGCAGGCAUUGCUUUCCCUACUGGAUGCUCCCUGAACUGGGUUGCUGCUCAUUGGACCCCAAAUACAGGAGAUAAGACUGUGCUUCAGUACGAUGAUGUGAUGAAGCUGGAUUUUGGAACUCAUAUUGAUGGGUAUAUAGUUGACUGUGCAUUUACAGUGGCAUUCAAUCCUAUGUUUGAUCCACUUCUUGAAGCUUCUCGUGAAGCAACCAAUACAGGUAUCAAGGAAUCUGGAAUUGAUGUACGACUUUGUGAUGUUGGGGCUGCAAUUCAAGAGGUGAUGGAAUCAUACGAGGUUGAAAUUAAUGGAAAGGUGUAUCAAGUUAAGAGUAUCCGAAACUUGAAUGGACAUAGCAUUGGGCGCUAUCAGAUCCAUGCUGGGAAAUCUGUCCCUAUCGUGAAAGGAGGGGAGCAGACAAAAAUGGAAGAGGGUGAAUUUUUCGCAAUAGAAACUUUUGCAUCAACUGGAAAAGGAUAUGUCAGAGAAGAUCUAGAAUGCAGCCAUUACAAAAAUUUUGAAGCAGGCCAUAUACCAUUGAGGUUGCCCCGGGCAAAGCAACUCUUGGCUACAAUUAACAAGAACUUCUCCACAUUGGCCUUCUGCAGACGGUAUUUGGACCGCCUGGGGGAGACUAAAUACCUUAUGGCGCUGAAGAAUUUAUGUGACACUGGCAUUGUGCAGCCUUAUCCUCCUCUCUGUGAUGUUAAGGGCAGCUAUGUAUCUCAGUUCGAGCAUACCAUUUUACUUCGGCCAACCUGUAAAGAGGUCAUAUCCAGGGGUGAUGACUAUUGAUGGGGAGACAAUUCAAUUCUGGCACUGAUUGGAUAUCUGGAUUUAUGUUCCAAGUCUGUUGAAUGUCUUGUUGUUUAUUUAUUUAUUUACCAUGUUUGUUUCUUAACUUAAAAGCUUUAAUGAACUUGCUGAAAGUAAAGAAUACAGUUCGUUAGGUAUUCCCAA